AUGCCCCGUGCCAAGUCCCACCGGCGGGCCCAGGCCCAGAAGCGGAGGAUGGCGCAGCCGCAGCCAUGGACCCCCCAGCCGCCUGUCCCCGAGUUCGUUGCUCGGCGCGGUACAGGGUACCGCCAUCGCGUGCGGAGAUGGCCGACUUCGAAGCUGACCCAGCGCAGCUUCAAGUUGGUCACUCCUGCCCUGCAGCCGGACCAGAAGAUGGUGUUCGUCGUGGGAGACUCCCACCUGCGGGCCAUGGUGGAUGGGAUCGUCGCGAUGCCGGAGGUACCUCUGUGUUUUUCUUUUCUCUCUGUUCCAGGUGCGCAUGCAGCAGAGCUGAGGACGGAGGUGUCCCACGCCGCUCUCCCCUGGACCCCGGACGUGGUUUGUGUGCUCGCCCCGAGCAACAACCUGACAGCCAGCAGGAACAUCGGAGAGGCGUCGCUGGACUUCGGUGCUCUCCUGGCUACAGUCUGCAACCGCUGGGCGAAGGUGUUCGUGCUGGAUUUCCCUCCACGCCUGAACAUCGAGCCUGGCCUGCAGGAGCUGUUCCGCCAGGAGUUCCGCCGUGUGCACCUCAGCGACAGCGACGGAACGCCGAUCCUCGUCCAGGCCCUGUGGGACGCCGCGGUCCGCCAGCUGACUCCUCCUCCUCCUCCUCCUCCCUCGGUGCCCCCCCGGACAUCGCCUCGUGCCAGGGUCUCCCCCGUGCUGGUUGUGACAGGACACAGCCCCGCGCCCCGUCACCGUGACCCACUGGAGUGGACCGUCGUCGGACAGGAGGGCAAGGUGUGUGUGUGUGUGUGUUUUUUUAAUGGUGACAAAUUUUUUUUUGUUGUGGUUUUUAAGAUUCGAGCAUCUCCGGUGCAAGAGUCUGUCCUCCCGUCCAACCCCGUGUGGUUCAGCGGCGACAUCCUGGAGGCCAUGGAGAGGGUUUCGCCAUCCUCGGACAGCGACGUCACUGCCCUUCUGCCAGCUGGCCAGGUAAAGUGCCUGAUAACUACAUUUAUAUAGUAUGAAGUAAUUCAUAUUAGUUUUGACUUUAAGGUGUUUCUGUUAAGUUAUAAAAUGUUAAAUGGGUUUGCCUCUAAUGUUUCCCCUUGUCUCUGUGUGAGUGUG